CGCGCCUCUCUCUCUCUCUCUCUCUCUCUCACAGAAACACAGAAAAUACACAAAUAAGCUCAUAAAAGCUGUGUUGUUAAGCUUAAAUUCUGUUAAUAGGCAAAAUGGGGUUCAAGCCAUCAGACAAGCCAAAGCCAAAACACAGGAAGGGCUUAUGGUCGCCUGAAGAAGAUCAAAGGCUCCGAAACUAUAUCCUCAGACAUGGCCAUGGCUGCUGGAGCUCCGUCCCCAUAAACGCCGGAUUACAGAGGAAUGGAAAAAGCUGCAGAUUAAGGUGGAUUAACUACUUAAGGCCAGGAUUAAAGCGAGGGAUAUUUAGCAAAGAAGAGGAGGAGACAAUCCUGACCCUUCAUCAAAUGUUGGGCAACAAGUGGUCUCAGAUAGCACAACAUUUACCUGGAAGGACGGAUAACGAGAUAAAAAACUACUGGCAUUCAUAUCUGAAGAAGAAAGUGAACAAAGUUGAAGAAAUGGAACCUAACACCACAACUCGGUAUACCAGUUCAAGCUCAGAUACAAUGGAUUCAUCACCCUCUCCCAAGAAGGCUAGAAUCGGAGUUCCAAAUUCCGAUUCACCUGAAUACAUGGAAAAGUCAUCAACAUAUAUUGACCAUCAAUCCAUUUUACAAACUUCCGACUUCCCCAAGGAGGCUAACCGCGGUAGCUUCUUACCAAAGCUUUUGUUCUCUGAAUGGCUUUCCCUAGACCAUGUUAAUGGUGGGGGCUUUGCAAGUUCAGAUGAGGGGCUGAUUUCUCAGAAUUCAAACUUGCAAUACACUCCAAUGCAUGGUUUUUUGUCGAGUGAUGGCACGUAUAGUGGCGGGUUUCAUGAGGGUUCGGCUACUGAGAUGUUCAGUUCACAGUUCAAGUUCGAAGAUCAAAUUUCAGGAAAUGGGAUCGUUGAUUUUAUCUCCGGGGGUGAUGUUAAUGUAUGCAAUGAUUUCAACAUGAGUAAUAGUGUAAUGUACUAAUAAGGAAGGCCAAGCUUCAAGGAAGAAUGAUCAAUUCUAAUUGUUUUUUUCUAAUAAUUAAAUU